CUAGGUUUCUGGAAUAGUUCCUAGGUUUCUGGAAUAGUUCCUAGGUUUCCGGAAUAGUGCCUAGGUUUCCGGAAUAGUGCCUAGGUUUCUGGAAACAUGUCCAGGUCCUCCCCCCGUCCCGGGCGACCCGGAUCCGCCGGAUGUAGAAACGGCUCCGGUUCCAGGAGAGAGCCGAUCAACGACCAUUCCUGCAUGUUGAGGAUCGGAGAGCGGCUGAUGAGGGCCGGCAGUGAGGGGAACCUGGUCCAGAAACCCGCCGGGAACCCGGUCCAGAAACCCGCCAGGACCCACCACGGCCCGGCGGCGGCAUCUCCAGCACCAAGAGCAGCCAACGGAUUCCCCCCGGACCUGGACCUGCAGAACCGGGCCGGGGAGAGCAGGAGGCAGAACUCCAGCACAGAUGAAGGAAUUAUCUCAGAAUCUUCCUCCUCUGCCUCGGCUCCAGAGGACCUCAGAUCAGACCCCCAGCUGAAGAAGCAGAUCUCCAACCUCGGUCUUCAGGGUAACUCUGACUCCUCCUUUGGUGGUAGUCCGGCUCCAUGUUCGUCUGGCGUUGGUGGUGGUCCGGCUCCAUGUUCGUCUGGCGUUGGUGGUGGUCCGGCUCCAUGUUCGUCUGGCGUUGGUGGUGGUCCGGCUCCAUGUUCGUCUGGCGCCGGCAGGGAUGACGAGGAGAACCUGGAGAAGCUGAUCCUGCAGCAGUGUGAUGUGGUGAGGAAGAAGCAGGCGGUCCUGGAACACCUGAGGGAACAAAGCCCCCAUCAUACCAGCUUGCUGUCGGGAUCUCAGCUCAUGAAGAACCAGGUGAGACACACCUGCGGUACCCAGCAUGCACCUGGACUGGGCUGCUGCCCUGCUCACCUGUAUCACCAGCCUUAG